AUGAGUUUCAAAGAAAAAUUGAAAACCUUUUUGUUUGUUCCUCGUCAAUCAAGUGAAAGAUCUUGUUCAACCAUGGAUAGGUCUAUUGGUAAGAUUUGUAACACAGAUAUUAUAAUUGAUGACAAUAUGAAUCAAGAAUCUACUAGUGCAAAUAUUUUGUGUACUGAUGAACGUAUAUUAGACAAUAGUACUGAUAUUGAUGACAAUAUGAAUCAAGAAUCUACUUGUGCUAAUAUUCUGUGUACUGAUGAACGUAUAUUAGACAAUACUACUGAUAUUGAUGACUAUAUGAAUCAAGAAUCUACUUGUGCUAAUAUUUUGUGUACUGAUGAACGUAUAUUAGACAAUACUACUGAUAUUGGUGUGUAUGUGACAAAAAAAGAAAAUCAGAACUUUACCAUGGAUGAUGUACUUAAAGAAAGGCUUUUGAGAAAAACAUGGACUCCAAAUUCUUUUUCUGACUUAUACAUUCAGAUAACGAAACAUAAGCAGCGGCAUUUUCAAAAAUCUUGGUUGGAUGAGUUUAAGUGGCUGGCAUAUUCAAAAUCUUUAAAUGGAGCUUUUUGUAAGAACUGUGUUUUAUUUGGUCCAGUAAGUUCUGUUGGUAAAGGUUCAAAUCUAAAAGUUGGGCAACUUGUAUUAAAACCAUUUCAAAAUUGGAAAUCCGCCAAACAUGUUUUUUCAACACAUAGUAAUUUACAAUAUCAUAAACUUGCGAUGAUCAAAUCUAGCAAUUUUCUUUUGACAUUUGAUGGUAAAAAGGACGCUGUUGAUUUUCAAGUACAUAAACAAGAACUUCCAUAUAGAGGUCAUAAAGACUAUGGACGUUUAAGUUUAAAUGAACCUGAAAAUAAUGAUGGAAACUUUAGAGCAUUAUUACGUUUUAGAGCACGAAGUGGAGAUGAUAUUCUCAAGUCGCAUAUCUUAAGUUCAGAUGAUGAACUAAAUGAAGUUAGGGAAGACUUUCUAAAAUUUGUUCCUGUUACUGAUGUAUCUGGAAAAGGUUUAGCUGAUACAAUAAAAAAAGAGCUCAUGUAUUUUGGACUUGAUUUGAAGAACCUAAGAGGGCAAGGCUACGAUGGAGCUGCGGCUAUGAGCGGUGCAUUUAAUGGAGUCCAGGCAUUAAUAUUAAAAGAAUAUCCAUCAGCUAUUUAUACACAUUCAUCUCUAGAACAAAUAAUGACUGACAAUAAAGAUGAUGGUUCAAUGGCUCGCUCAUUCCAUAAAAAAAUGUGCGAUUUUGAAUUUAUUAUCACUCUGUUUACUGUUGACAAAUUGUUAGGCAUAACAUACCAAGUUUCUGUUAAUCUCCAAAAGCCUAAUAUUGAUUUAUGUACAGCUGUUGAAAGCAUAGAACUUGUUCAAUCAGUAAUUAGUGAGAUAAGAUCAAAUGUCGAGAGAGAAUUUAAAGAAGUAUUUCAAUUUGCACUUAAUGUAGCUAAUAACCUUGGUGUUACAAAAUUGAUGCCAAGAAUUGUCGGUACACAAAAUCAUAGACAAAACUAUUCUACCAAUUCUCCAGAAGUGUAUUUUAGAAUUAGUUUGUUUAUUCCAUAUCUUGAUGAGCUAUCUAUGUCAUUAACCAACAGAUUUACCAAACAUAAAAAAGUUCUUUUAAGUCUUCAACAUAUUGUACCAUUUUAUGUGAUUAAUUCUAACUAUAGUGAUGUAUCAGAUGCCAUUACCUUUUACCAAACUGAUUUUGAAGAUAGUUAUAAUCCAUCAAUUAUUGAAGGUGAAUGGAGACUAUGGAGAAGUAAAUGGAAACUUUUUUGUUCAAAUUCAUCUGACAGCAUACCAAAAAAUGCUAUUGAAGCUUUAAAAAAAUGUAACAAAGAUGAAUUUCCAACAAUAUAUGUUCUGUUGAAAAUAUUAUGUACCAUACCUGUUACUACUGCAUCUGUUGAAAGGAGUUUUUCAACACUAGGUCGACUUAAAACAUUUUUGAGAAAUCAACAAGGCAACCCACCAGUUCCCUAA